CCCUGCUGCUCCGCUCCCCCUGGCUGAGCGGCCUCUGGCCAUGCGUGUGGUCAGCCUGCUGGCCUUCCUGCGGCCGGCCUUGCCCCUGCUGCUAGGCUUGUCCUUGGGCUGCAGCCUGAGCCUUCUGCGCGUCUCUUGGAUCCAAGGCGAUGGGGGCGAUUCCUGUGUGGACCCCGCUGUGCUCGGGCACGGCAGGCAGCCUGCCGGGGGGAGGCAGGAGGAAGAGGCCCCUGGUGCUGGAGGCCCCCCCGGCCAGGGGGCAGACGGGGAGGAUUUCAAGCCGCGGAUUGUGCCCUACUACCGGGAUCCCAACAAGCCCUAUAAGAAGGUGCUCAGGACUCGCUACAUCCAGACGGAGCUGGGCUUCCAUGAGCGGCUCUUUGUGGCUGUGCUGACCUCCAAGGCCACCCUGAACACUUUGGCUGUGGCCGUCAACAAGACGGUGGCCCACCUCUUCUCCCACCUGCUGUACUUCACGGGGCUGCGCAGCACCAAGGUGCCCCACGGCAUGGCCCUGGUGUCCCACGGCGACGAACGCCCCGUCUGGCUGAUGUAUGAGACAGUGCGCUACAUCCACCAGCACUUUGGGGGGGACUUUGACUGGUUCUUCAUCAUGCAGGAUGACACCUAUGCUCAAGCAGAGCAGAUCAAGGCCCUCACAACCCACCUGAGCAUCAACCAGGACGUGUACCUGGGCCGGGCAGAGGAGUUCAUUGGAGGGGAUGAACAGGCCCGCUAUUGCCACGGUGGCUUUGGCUACCUGCUUUCCCGCAGUCUGCUGAUGAAGCUGCAGCAGUACCUGGACAGCUGUCGCAACGAGAUCCUCAGCGUGCGGCCGGACGAGUGGCUGGGGCGAUGCCUAGUGGACUUCCUGGGCGUCAGCUGUGUCUCCGAGCACCAGGGCCAGCACUACUCAUCCUAUGAACUGGCGAAGAAUGCAGACCCGGAGAAGGAGGAGGGGGAAGAAUUCUGGGGAGCAGUCACUGUGCACCCCGUCGCGGACCCCACCCUCAUGUAUCGUCUGCAUAAGAGGUUUAGCAGGAUCCAGUUGGACCGGACCUAUCAAGAGAUCGCGCAGCUGCAGGCCCAGAUCCGCAACCUGACAGCGCUGAUGCCGGCGGGGGAGGCUGCCCUGAGCUGGCCUGUAGGCAUCAACGCCCCCUUUGUGCCACAGUCCCGCUUCGAAGUGAUUGGCUGGGAUUACUUCACGGAGCAGCACCUCUUCUCCUGCCCCAACGGUGCCCCCAAGUGCGACCUGGCCGGGGCCAGCAAGGCCGAUGUGCAUGACAUCCUCCAGGCCGCCCUGGAGCAGCUCAACCAGCGCUACCAGCCCCGGCUGCGCUUCCAGAAGCGGCAGCUGCUGAACGGCUACCGGCGCUUCGACCCCACGCGGGGCAUGGAGUACAUGCUGGACCUGCUGCUGGAGGCCGUCACCCAAAAGGGGCACCGCCACGUGCUGGCCAAGCGGGUGAGCCUGCUGCGCCCCCUCAGCAAGGUGGAGAUCAUCCCCAUGCCCUACGUGACGGAGGCCACGCGGGUGCAAGUGAUGCUGCCGCUCACGGUGCAGGAGCUGGACUUUGUGGGCAACUUCCUGGACACAUUUGCCACGAACGCGUUGGACACGCGCGAGAAUGCCUGGCUCAGCCUGCUCUUCAUUUAUGACCCCUAUGACGCUCAGCGGGUCACUCAGGUGGAUGUCUUUGCCGGGGUCAAAGCCAUGGUGGCUGAACUGGAGAAGCGCUACACUGACGUCAAGAUCCCCUGGAUCAGCGUCAAGACAGAGGUGCCCUCCCAAAUCAAGCUGAUGGACAUCGUCUCCAAGAAGCACCCAGUGGACACGCUGUUCCUCCUGGCCAGCGUCUGGACAGAGAUCAACCUGGACGUCCUGAACCGCUGCCGCAUGAACACCAUCAGCAGCUGGCAGGCCUUCUUCCCUGUGCAUUUCCAGGAGUUCAAUCCGGUGCUGACCUACCGGGGUGAGCCGGCUGCAGCCUCUGCCUCCACGGACUUCCUACGGGACGGGCAUUUUGACCGGCACGUCUUUGCUGAGGCCUGCUUCUACAACUCGGAUUACAUGGCCGCCCGCACCAAGCUGGCAGCCGACGUCCUGGACGGGGGCCAGGAGCUGGAGGAGCUGGAAGUCUUUGACAUCUUCCUGCGCUACUCGGAGCUGCACCUCUUCCGGGCGGUGGAGCCGGGGCUGGUGCAGAAGUACGUGCUGAGGAGCUGCAACGCUCGCUUGAGCGAGGAGCUCUACCACCACUGCGUCCUCAGCAACCUGCAAGGACUGGGGUCACGAUCGCACCUGGCCAUGGCUCUCUUUGAACAAGAACAGGCCAACAGCACUUGAGCGGUGGGGUGGGGAGCAGGGCGGCCACAGCACUUGGCUCUCGGGGCGGGGGUGGGGGGCAGAAUCCUGAAAACCCUGGUUUUAUACGAAAAGCAAUUAAAGUCUUCCUGUGAGUGCAUUUGCCUGGUUUCUGCCAGCAUUGCCCAUGCCUCUGCUCCAGCGGAGGGAAGGCAUACGGGUGGGGGUGCUCAGCUGUGGUGGCCUUCAAGGAGACCGGCCCGUUUUAUUGCAGAACGGCUUGGCUGCCUGUCUGCCCUCCUUGUCCAUAGCCAGUUUGUGUGGCUGCUGCUGCUGCAUGCUGGGUGCCUCCCUCCCAGUAUAAAUGGUGCCUGUGCUUGGGGCAGAACUAGCAGCCGCAUCUUCUUCAGAGAGCAUUGUCCUUGUAGAGGUCUCCUUUCAGGGAGAGGGGGGCAAUAGGCUCUCUUAGUCAUUGGUCACGGGGGAGGCACUGUUGAGAAAGCAAACGCCAUCACUCCUUUGGCCACCCUGAGUCUGCUGGAGAGCUCACAGGUGGCCUGGAGGGAGGGGAGGAGUUGCCUGGGGGGCUGGCCUGGCCUGGCCUGGCCUGGCUCUGGCCUUUGAUGCUCUCUAAGGCAGCAGGCCGUUGUGUGCAGCUCUCCAUGGGGACAGCAGUGUGGGGAUUCUCUGAACAGAGGGCUGGAUUGCUGUUGUUGAGUGCUGUUAGCGUAAGGUACAAUCACAGGAUACGACUGCAGGACUUUUUAAAGAAAAGGUACACACAGAAUCAAAGAAUCAGCAGGGACUUCGGGAUCUCCUAGUCCGAGCCCUGCUCAGUGCUGGCUGCACCAUGCAGGAUGUAGCUGCAGCAUCCCUGACAGAUCAUAGAAUCAUAGAAUCAUAGAAUAGCAGAGUUG